UAUUAAAUUAAGUUAUAAUCGGUCACCAACUGCCGCUCGUUGAUUACGAACGAGCUAUCUAUCGCCAGUUGUGUAUUAACUUAGCUACGUUUUAGACGUGGUUACAUAAUUCGCUGAUUCUUAUUCCGAGACAACAUGUGGCUGUUCUGGGUUUUGGUGACUUUAGUGUUGAUAAAGUUUCUGAAUAAAUUAUCUAAUGGCAAAUGUUAUGCUGAUACUGUUAUGACGGGAAAAGUGGUUAUAGUGACUGGUGCGAACAGUGGCAUAGGAUAUGCCACUGCUUUGGAGCUGGCCAGGCGAGGUGCUGAGGUGAUUCUAGGAUGCCGAGACGAUAAGAAAGGUCAAGAAGCUGUGGAAUCUAUCAUAAAAGCGACUAAGAACAAAAAAGUGAAGUACAUCUAUUUGGAUUUGAGCUCUUUUAAAUCUAUUAGGAGUUUCGUGGAGGAGUUUAAAAGAAUGGAAGCGAAACUGGACGUUUUGAUAAACAAUGCUGGCGCCAGCGGUAUGGGUUUGAAGAAGACUGAGGAUGGUAUUAUCCGGGACAUGCAAGUCAACCAUUUUGGACCUUUUCUACUGACAGUGCUUCUCACUCCGUUGCUGGUGAAAUCCGCGCCGAGUCGUGUGAUAAUUGUGUCGUCCAUGCUCCAUAAGUUUGGCACUAUCCAGGACAUAAAUGAGGAGGGUCGCCACGGAUGGUUCCAGAAUUACUGCAACAGCAAACUGUGCAAUGUUUUGUUCAGUAACGAGUUGGCGAAGCGUUUGGAAGGUACCGGGGUGGUCGUGAACAGUGUCCAUCCAGGGCAAGUGAACACGAGCCUUUAUAGGUCGACCUUGUUGGACAAAAUACGAAGUUUGGUCCUGUAUACGUUUUUUAAAAGCCCUGAGGAAGGUGCACAGACGUCGUUAUACCUAGCAGUGUCGGAUGACUGCGAUCAGGUGACAGGGAGGUACUUUGCUGAUUGCUCAGAGAGUUCUAUGUCUUGGAAGGCAGAAGACAGAGGGUUGGCUUCGGAGCUUUGGUACAUGUCAGAGAUAUUUGUUAAGUUAAGGCCUGAAGAGAAGAUCUGAGAUACGAAGAAACUGUUGUUGUUAUAUUAUUUGUAAAUUAUUGUUUUUGCAUUUCAACUUGCUUAAUAACUUCCUAUGUUAAUUUAUAUUAGCGCAAGAAUAUCAGACUUAUCAAAACUG